AUGGUCGACCAUAAGACUUUGGAAGCCAAGCGUCGUGCCGCGCAGCAGAAGGCUUCCCAGAUGAUUAAAUUGGCGCCCCACCUGACUGAAAACGGCACGAUUGCACCCGGCACUUCGUUAUGGUCCGAUCCGUUGUUUCCUGCACAAACCCACAAGAACGAAGAUCCUCGGAUUAAACUAUCGUCUUAUAAUGUUCGGCCGCUAUAUAGCCAAGUCAACAUCGACAGCGACAAAUGGUUAUUGACGAUGGAAGAAGAGGGCCGCUCUAAACUAGAAUGCACGCCCAGCCAGAAGGAUGGAGUCAGCACCGAAAUGGAGGCUGAAAUCCGGCUGCUCGGCUGUGAACUCAUUCAAUCGGGCUCGAUUCUUCUGAAAUUGCCCCAGACCGCUGCCGCGACCGGACAAAUUCUCUUUCAGCGCUUCUAUUAUUUGAAGAGCUUCGCAAAGUUUCACUUUGAGCAUACGGUUAUGGCAUGUCUCCUGUUGGCAUCGAAGAUCGAGGAAGCCCCACGCAGACCUCGCUGCGUCGUUAAUGUAUUUCACCGCCUUGAAAAGCUGCAUCGCUUCCGUCAAGCCGGCGGUCGUAUAACGAAGGAGAUUACCGCCAAGAUGAAGCCGCGCCCGCUGGAUGCAAGCUAUGUUAACCUGAAAAUGCAGGCAAUCAAAGCCGAACGGAGGCUGUUGGCGGCUCUCGGCUUCGUCGUUCACGUGCGUCAUCCCCAUAAACUUAUCUUUGCGUACGCAAAUCUCCUGAAUAUCGUGGACAACUUCGAGCUGAUGCAAAAGGCCUGGUCGUAUAUGAAUGACGGGCUCCGCACCGAUAUUUUUGUACGAUAUCAAGCCGAAACGAUCGCUUCCGCCUGCGUGUACCUGGCAUCCCGAACUGUCGAUCCGAAAGUGAAGCUGCCUUCGACUCCUGUACCUUGGUACGAGCUCUUCGAUGCAAAAGAGGAGGACGUGCAGAGGAUUGCCACCGUACUUUUGCAGAUGUAUGCAAGGAGAAAGUCACCAAAUUGGACUGACAUCAAUACCAAGCUCGACCUCAUCCGAUUCCCAGAAGGCCUCGAGAAAGACAAGGAGAAUUCUGUGCGUCCGGUCUCUCCCAACGCUGAAAAGAACAGAAAUGGCAGAGAUCGCGCGACAGUGGACGGCGACGUGACGAUGACCGCAGGGACGGUAAAACGCGUGAUUCACGUGGCGCGGCCGGCGAUGAUCGACCACCGCGAGCAGGGCCAUGGGGAGAUGAUCAGCGACGCCGUCAAUAUGGAGAUGAACGUCCACGUGGAACCUGGGACGAACGUAGAUCUGACAGCCGUGGAGCUACAAAGAAAGAUCGCCCACGGGGUGACGGUGAACGUCGUCGCGAUGAUCGUGAUGACCGCGAUCGGCGGGAUGAUCGCCGAGCUGAAGCCAAGAAACGGGAGAAGGAGGUGCGUUCGGCGC